CCAGGCUUAGAAAUCACUUGAUUGAACUCAGCAGCACUUUUUAAAUUUUGUAUAUAUUAUGCUAGCUGACCUCUCUAAGUACUAGAGGCAUUAGAUUUCAUGUCAGCAGAUGGGUCAAAAAAUUGCCAAAGCUGUAAUUGGUUAGAAAUAGUUACUCUGUAGGAUUUUACACUGUAAGGGGGAAAGCUUCAAAGUGCUUUGAAGUGAAAGAAGAAUUAAGCUGUGUUUUUAUCCAAAUGAACUGGCAUCUUUAUAUGUAGGGGAAGUAAAUAUUUCUUUCAAGGAUCAUGACUAGGAAGCACUUGGAAGUUUACUAGAGAAGUAAAUGUUUUACACUCAAAGACAGGAUCUGCAUGUACCUCUGUGGCUCUGGGUGUCUGGUGAAGAUCAUUUUAGGUGACUGACCAAGGGAAGGAAAUGUCCUAGUGAUACUGGAACCACAGCCAUAUUGCCAGCACCAUGUCUACUACACAGAGAAAAGUCACCAGCCACCUGUUUUGCAGUUUUUAUACCUGUAAACGGAAGCUUCCAGAAGACCAGCGACAGCAAGAAAAAUCUGUCAUUGCUCAUCCAAUAUUUGUUUUCACAAAGAGAAAACAAACUUUUAAGAGACCGGCAGAAGACACCCUGUGCGAAUCAUCAGAACAUGAAUCGAAUGGUUUUCCAAGAAAGCGUGUACGGUCUUCAUCUUUUACUUUGCAUACUACACAUCCUCAGUCCCAAGGAGUGAAGAAAAACAAUGUUUUUAUGAUAUCAACUUAUGUUCAAAGGAAUGUUGAUAUGAACAGUGAAGAACAAGGUCCAGUGAAACAUUCUGAACAUGUUCUAAGACCUGCUACCUUGCAGCCACCUCAAUCUCAAAGGUGUGAAAAAGCAAGAAAAACUUUGGGACACGAUAACUUGGAAUCCUGCAAGAUUAAAGACAAAACAAUAAAUGAGAUUUCUGAGGGGAGCUCCGGUUUGCUAGGUGAAAAUUCACCCAGUGCUAGAAUUUCAGCCCUGCUGACUACUAACCAGAAUUGCUUAGGUGCAACAUUAGUAGGAUGUCAACCAAAUGAAGAUAAAUAUUCUUUUAAAAGCUGCAGUUCUGAUUUCGUGUUUGGAGAAAACAUGGUAGAAAGAGUUUUGGAUACUCAACAUCUCAUCCAAUCUCAACCUGAAAAUGAUUCAUACACCAAGGAACAAUCAUUUAAAUCCACACUAGAAUUUCCUGUGAACUCUCCAAAUUCAAACUCUAUUAAAAAUAUGUCCCUAAUUGAAUCAGCUGCUGCUGUCUCUUCUAAGCCAUCACCCAAAUGCUUGCUGGAGAAAAUUGAUGUUGUGACCGGGGAGGAAGCUGAACAUAAUGUGUUGAAGAUCAACUGCAAGCUUUUUAUAUUCAACAAAACAACACAGUCCUGGAUUGAAAGGGGCAGAGGAGCUUUGAGGCUGAAUGACACAGCAAGCAGUGACUGUGGAACAUUCCAGUCAAGACUAAUUAUGCGCAAUCAAGGCAGCCUGAGGCUGAUUCUCAACAGCAAACUCUGGGCUCAAAUGGAGAUUCAAAGAGCAAACCACAAAAAUUUACGAAUAACAGCAACUGAUUUAGAAGACUAUAACAUCAAAGUGUUUUUAAUUCAGGCCAGUGCCAAAGAUACAGGAUAUCUGUAUGCAGCAAUACAUCACCGGCUCAUUGCGCUUCGAAGCUUUGAUAAACAGAAAGAUGUAAAUCAAGCUGAAAGCCAGUCAGAAACAAUCCUCCAACAAUUAAACUGUGAAAGCUGUGAUGAAGAUGAGGAUGAUUUCAUCCAAGCAACUAAGAAUAGAUCAGAUCCUUCUAGGUGGACCCACAGACAGUCGGUUGCCUGUUCAUGAGCACUCUCUACUGUAAACGUGACAACAUCUACAAAAAGAUUGGUCAUCUUGCUGAAAAUACUAAACCUUCUUAACUAAAUGAGAUGAUCCUAUUCAUCCCUUGAAGAGUUUUUAUAGCAAAGUUCAUAAAAUAUAAUGUGUUGCAAUUAAAACUUUUCUCUUAUAUAAUCUAAUAAUUGCAAGGUUGUACAUUUUGAUUAUUGUGGAGAAAAUGACAGAAUUUGAGAAAUGCAUGGACUUAGUUCAAAAUUUAUCAUUUUUGAAAAAUUUAGAAUAGGAUUUGAUAACUAAUUUGGACUAUUCAUCACAUUGGUGGAUAUCGUAGUUAAAAUAAAUUGCUGGAUUUGAUAAAUAUCUAAGAUAUUUAUUUUUUCAGUCAUACAUUGUCUGGUCAUAAAACAAAUAUUUUAAAGGUCUCUAGUCAUUUCUUCCAAAAUACUGUAGCUGCAUGAUAACAUUUGAUUAAGUCACAUUUCUUUUCUGGGAAAUGAGUAUUUUCAGUUAGCCUUUGGAUUUACUAAUACUAUAAGAUUAUAUCAUCUUAUUCAUGGUAUGAAUUUCUUUAAAUUUAGUAUUGUUCUUGGACCUAUAUCUACUAUACCUUGUAUAUGCUUGACUCUAGGUCAACAUCCAAUAGUUGUUGAAGGGAUGAACAGAAUACAUUACCUAUGUAACAAAACAGUAAGUAUACAAAAAGUAAAAUGUGUUAACUUGCUCUUUGCUUUCUGUAAUUAAAUUGUCAUUAAUAUUUUAUGGA